UCCUUCUGAAACUGAGUCACUCCUGCUGCUAAUUCAAUUCCUCUGCCUCAUUCCAAGGAUUCCAGAGCCCAACUGUCACCUUUCCAAAAUACCAAGCCUUUGCGCACUCCAGUGCUUCCCAGCUCCGGUCCCAAAGAGUGGGCAGGAACCUCUGGGAUGAACCAAAAUUAACCCUGGCGGUGGAGUGCUUGAAAUCCCUCCUUCUUUAGCCUCUCUUUCCUCCACCACUUUUAAAAUCUCUUUUAGAGCAAACUUCAAGGAAACUUUUCCUCUCCCUUUUGGCUGCCACUUAACCUGUGAUAUUUCUCUUGACAUCUUAGAGUCUGGAAGUUCAGCAAAGGGGGGCAGCCCCUCCAGGGAGAUGGGGGAUGCUGGGGAGAAAGGCCUGGACAAUGACGCGGAAGGGGUCUGGAGCCCUGACAUAGAACAGAGCUUCCAGGAGGCGUUGGCAAUCUACCCACCUUGUGGAAGGCGAAAAAUUAUUCUUUCUGACGAGGGCAAGAUGUAUGGCCGCAAUGAACUUAUUGCCCGCUACAUCAAACUGAGGACAGGGAAAACACGGACAAGAAAACAGGUUUCCAGCCACAUCCAGGUGUUGGCACGGCGGAAAACCCGGGAGAUUCAAGUCAAGCUCAAGGACCAGGUAGCAAAAGACAAAGCCCUUCAGACCAUGGCAGCCAUGUCUUCUGCUCAGCUCGUGUCUGCUACCGUCCUUCAGGAAAAACUGGGCUUGUCAGACUCUCACUACCCACCUAGUGCCACCCCUACAGAGUUUUUCCAGUUCUGGACAGGUGAUGCAAUCCAACCCCGGGUCACUCCAGAUAUCAAGCCAGUUCUUCAGGCACCCUACCCAAUACCGCCAAUCACAGCACCCCCUGCUGCCCCAGGCUACCACACAUCCCCAGGCAGAAUUUCUCACCUCCACACAACUACCUCUUGGCAGGGAAGCCAUAUCGGUACAGAAACUCUUCGACUGGUGGAGUUCACUGCUUUUGUGGAACAGCAAGGUGAACAAGAUGUGUGUAAACAACAACACCGUUUUGUACACAUCGACCCAACACCCACUACUGAAACUCCCCUGGAGGUGGUGGAUGUGCGCCAAAUCUAUGACAAAUUCCCUGAGCGGGGAGGUGGACUGCGAGACCUGUAUGACCAAGGGCCUCCUCAUGCCUUCUUCUUAGUCAAAUUCUGGGCUGACCUAAGUUUUCCCCUCCCUGAAGAAGAACCAGGGGGCACAGGAGGGGCCUUCUAUGGGGUGAGCAGCCGAUACGAGGGCCCACGGGCUCUGACGCUCAGUUGCACCUCCAAGGUCUGCUCCUUUGGCAAACAGGUGGUGGAAAAACUGGAGACGGCUGAGCCUCCCCACUGGGAAGACGGACGCUUUGUUUUCCACUUGCAGCGCUCCCCACUCUGCGAGUACCUCAUCAAUUUUAUCCGCAAACUGCAAACGCUGCCAGAAAAACCAAUGAUGGAUAGUGUGCUUGAAAACUUCACCAUCCUGCAGGUUUUGCGAGAUCAAGAAACUCAGGAGUUACUAUUAUGUGUGGCCUUUGUGUUUGAAGUGUCUGCCAGCGAGCGGGGGGCGCAGCAUCACAUCUACCAGCUGGGCCGGGAUUGACGAACACUUUUUGCCUUCCUGCCCUCAAAAUCAAGCCACUCGCCUUCCUCUCCUGAUAUUCAGGCUACAGGCUCUUCUGAAGUGGUUGAAGGAGCUGAUAUGAAACCUGUGGUGAAAAGGGUUCUCCUAACCCCCGCCAACCAUUGGGCUACUAACUGCUGGUUUUGGCAGUGAUGACCUUGGUCUUCCUAAAGAUCACAGAAAGAUGCUCUGGUCCAACUCUUAACAAUUGCUAUUAUUCAGCAGCCAGUCUAUACAAGCAUGACAACAUGGUAGUCAUCAUGGACUUCCAUUCAGAACAACCAUAUUUAUGGACUUGCACUUCUCUCAGUCGGUUGUCUUCUCUAUAUGGAACAGGAGUUAACCUCCGCAGCUGUCACGGGUUUGUGAUUUACACACUCCGCUUUAACCAGAUGUAGCAUUUUCUGGCACCCGUGUUUUAUAAUAUGGCCAAAGAAGGGUGCAUCUGACAGUUAAUUCAUCUUCUCCACCUGCUCUUUAAGAUUAAUAAGCUUCAGAGAGCAGGUGAAGAUUGAAUAGGGUAGAUAGCACCACUGUAGUGUAAUGGUUUGAGUGUUGGACUACGACUCCUAGGAUCUGGAUUUGAAUCCCUGUUCAGGAGAUUCCACUGAACACUAUGAAGAACUUCCUAACGGUGAGAGCUGUUUAGCGGUGGAACUCUGCCCUGGAAUGUGGUGGAGGCUGCUUUGGAGGCUUUUAAACAGAGGCUGGAUGGCCAUCUUUUGGGGGUGUUUUGAAUGCAAUUCUCCUACUUCUUGGCAGGGGGUUGAACUACCAACUCUGAUUCUAUGAUUCAUCCAUGCAAACCCAUUAGGGUGAUCAAAGGCAAGAAACACUCACCGUAAGAGAAAAGGCAAUGGCAAAACUCCUCUGAAUAAAUCUUGCCAAGAAAACCCUAUGAGAAGGUUACCAUAAUUCAGUGUCUACUUGAGGGCGCACAACAACAGUUACCAUUGCAACUGAAUAUGGGUGAUGGAAGUUGUAGUUCAACAACAUGAAGUGGGCAACAGAUUCCUCACCUUUGGUUGAUAUUGCUAAAUACUGAGAACCAAAUGAGUAGUGAUAGUCACCUUGGGCUUCAUCUAGAUCAGAUCUGCACAACCUGCAGCCCUCUAGAUAUUUGGGCCUCCAACUCCCAGAAGCCCUAGCCAGCUUGUCCAAUGGCCAGGAAUUCUAGGAGCUGAAGUACAAAGCAUCUGGAGGGCCACAGGUAGUGCAGGCCUGAUCUAGAUGUAAGAUUUUUUUUAUGUCAGGAGCGACUUAAGAAACUGCAAGUUGCUUCUGGUGUGAGAGAAUUGGCCGUCUGCAAGGACGUUGCCCAGGGGACGCCUGGAUGUUUGAUGUGUUUUAUGUUUCAUGUCCCCACAUGGGAAGCUGAAUCUGACAGGUGGGAGCUCACCCUGCUCACCAGAUUCGAACUGCCAGUCUUUUGGUCAGCAGUCCUGCCGGCACAAUGGUUAAACCCAUUGCGCCACUGGGGCUCCUAGAUGGAAGAUGAUUACAUAGUAGCAUAUUUCCAUAUGCUUCUCCUGUUGUGAGAGGAUGUAUUUUCAUUGUGGCUACUUAUGUCAACUCCACAUCUAAAACAGCAUGUGGAGCUGAGAGAAAAGUUGUGUUCUAGCCUUCAUCAUCCACAGCUGGCUUUCCACUUAAAAGAAAUAUUUGAUCGGAGGGCAGGGUGUUACAAAAAGUUAUCUCCUCUAAGCCAAAAGUCAGAAAGUAGUAUCCUAUUUUGCCAGUGUCUCCUGCUGCGGAGAUGAAGACCCCAUUCUAAGAAGAAGCAAAAGGUAAAAGCAAGCAAUGUGUUAUUUUGAACAAGUCUGAACAAGUCUCAUCUGGACUUUAUGUACUUUCUACUACUUUGUUGAUAUACGAACCUUUUCCCUGUGGCAUUCAGGAGGCUGUCCACUGUGGGAAAGGGUGAUGACAAACUGAUCUCGAAUAAAAUUUAUUUUCACAUAA